AUGGUAAACGACAUUGAAAAAAGUACUACCCCAUUUGCCAUCAAUCUUCUGGAUACCAUUGAAAUGAUAACAGCAUGGGCACGAUUUACUCCAGACACAAUAAAAAAAUGUUUUUCACCUGCUGGGUUUGGUAAUUUUUCGAAUUUAAAUACAACUGAUGACGAUUCUGAUGAUGAAUUGAACAAUUUGCCAAUGGCGAGAUUAUCAUCAGCGGAAGCAACAGUUACGGAUUGGGAAACUUAUGUGAAUAAUGACGAUGAAGUUAUUACUACUGAUAACUUGACUGAUAAUGAAAUUAUUGAGUCUGUGCUUCAAACACAAGAAAAGGAGGAUAAAGAAGAGGAAGGAGAUUGCAAUCUAAAUGAGAUUAUAAGACGUAUAAGACGUGUUUAUUUUCGCUCCGUGAAUUUCAAAUCUAAAGUGCAGUAA